AUGGACACCAGUAGACGACCACGAAGCACUGCAGUCGUCGAUCCUUCUACCACGUUAAACAACAACGCUCAGACGUCGUCACGAGGGCCUCAAGUAGCACAUCCCAACCCCUUUGACCACUCACGCUCUGUCAUCGCGUACCCCACCGACACAAAUGUCACGCAGCAAUCCAUUGUAGUCGGAGCGUAUCACAUGACCCAUUGUGGGGCACCGCGUACGAGCCGUCAAAGCCAACGCCACGGCAUUGUCCGCGACUUGAUCGCGUCCAUCUGCUUAGCGCUCGGCAUUGACGAGCGAAAGCAGCAGAACCGCUUGGCACUGCCAACGUCCGAGUCGACAGCAGCCGACGCGGCCUCUUGUGGACGAGUCCACGCACUCGGCAAGAGCGUUUUGCCACCUGUAGGGCCCAAGGACGUCGGGAAGAAGUGCCUCGUGCUCGAUCUCGACGAGACACUGGUGCACUCGUCGUUCCGACCGACUGCUUACCCGCACACUGUUGUGCCGGUGGAAAUCGACGGCGCUUCCUACCUCGUGUACAUGUGCAUGCGACCAGGAGCACAAGAGUUUCUGGUCGAAAUGGCACAGUACUUUGAGAUUGUCGUGUACACGGCCAGCUUGAGCAAGUACGCAGACCCGCUGUUGGAUGCCCUGGACACCGAACGGGUUCUCCGCUACCGCCUCUAUCGCGAGCAUUGCGUGCAGCACAACGGCGCCUACGUGAAAGACUUGUCCGUGCUACAGCGCGACAUGUGCCAGACCAUUAUAGUCGACAACGCGCCACUGUCGUACACUUUCCACCCUCAGAACGCCAUCGGGUGCUCCAGCUUCAUCGACGACCCCAAGGACAGGGAGCUCAAGUCCAUUUCACGGUUCCUGACCACCGUCCGUAGCGUCAGCGAUGUGCGCGAGCACUUGCACAUGUGGGAUGCCACGUAUUGA